CUUGUCUGCCUCCCACCCAUUUCCUUUUCUUGUCCUCCCCGCUUCGCCUGUUCCAGCUUUGCAUUGCAUUUGCAUCCCCCCGCACCCACCACCCCAUCCCCACCCCACCUCCGAAAAGCACAACCCCACCGCCCGCAAGCAGCGCGCGCUCCGGUUGUUCGGGAACUCGGAGCGAGGCGGCGGUACGGUGGGAGUAGGAGGAGGAGAACCGCACCGCACCGCGGCGCAGACAUGGGAGAGUACUGCCCCUCCCCGCAGGGGCUGGCGGCGCUCCCCUCCCCGUCCCCAGAGACGGCGGUUAGGCCGAGCUACGGGAGCUGCGACCGCCGCUACGUGAAGCAGGUCUUCGACAACCUCCACGGGAGCAUCUCGCUCGACCCGUUGGCCCUGCAGUUUGUUGAUACCGAAGAGUUCCAGAGGUUGCGGGACUUGAAACAACUAGGUCUUACAUAUCUCGUCUAUCCUGGAGCGGUUCACACACGCUUCGAACACUCAUUAGGUGUCUAUUCGUUGGCUGGAAAGGCUAUAAAUAAUCUUAAGACAUAUCAGGGAGAAGAGCUUGGCAUUGAUCAUGUCGACAUGCAGACUGUAAAGCUUGCAGGUCUGUUGCAUGAUAUUGGACAUGGACCCUUCAGUCAUUUGUUUGAGCACGAGUUCCUUCCGCGGGUUGAUCCUGGCUCAUCCUGGUCCCAUGAAGAUAUGUCAGUGCUACUUUUGGACAGUAUUGUUGACAAACAUGCAAUAGAUAUUGAAAACGAUUAUCUCAAAACGAUCAAGGACAUGAUAACUGCCAGCUCUAAGCAUGCCAUCACAAAAAGUGCAAAUGAGAAGCAUUUUCUUUAUGACAUUGUUGCUAAUGGUCGCAAUGGUAUAGAUGUUGACAAGUUUGACUACAUUGGCCGUGACUGCAGAGCAUGUGGUCUUGGCUGUAAUUUCCAGUAUUGGAGAUUGACUGAAGGCAUGCGAGUGAUGGGUGAUGAAAUUUGCUACCCUGCCAAAGAUUACUUGAGCAUCCAUAAAUUGUUUUCAACACGUGCUGAUCUGCAUAGGACAGUCUACACCCAUGCCAAAGUAAAGGCUGUCGAGCUCAUGCUUGUGGAUGCCCUCAUUGAGGCUAAUGAUUACUUGGGGAUAUCAUUGCAUGCACAUGACCCAGAAGAUUUUUGGAAGUUGGAUGACACGAUCAUUAAAAGCAUUGAGACUGCUCCUAACAAUGAACUGAAGAAAGCAAAAGAAAUCAUUCAACGUAUUCGUCGAAGAGAACUCUACAAGUUUUGCAACCAGUAUUCUGUUCCAAAGGACAAGCUGGAGCAUUUCAAAAAUAUUACUGCACAGGACGUAGUUUGUUCACAGAAAUCUUCUGAGGUGCUGCUCAAGGAAGAGGAUGUUGCAGUAAGCAAUGUUAAGAUAGAUCUUACUCGUGGAAAAGAUAACCCCCUUGAAAGCAUCAAGUUCUUUAAGGAUUUUGGAUGCGAUGAGAAGUUCCCCAUUACAGAUGAUAGGGUCAGCCACUUGCUACCUGCGUACAAUGAGGAUAGAAUUGUGAGGGUGUAUGCCAAGAAGCCUGAGUUGGUUGAUGUGGUGUCAGAAGCCUUUGAGAAUCUCCAGAUGAGAAUGUAUGGUGAGAAGACUCAAGUGCACGAGACGCCGAAGAAAAAGAGGAUUAGAUCCAACUAGGCAGUUGGUCACUCUUUAGGUAGCAUACAAACACGACACAGGAAAAUAGGUUGACAAACAAGAAGCUCUAUAGAUAAACGUAUCCUAGAAUUAACAAGUUGUAGAUGGUAGUAUGCACUGGUAAGGUGUAGGUAUUUUGUGUACAGGUGAAGAUACAAACAACAUUGCGAAGUUAAAAACUCACGCUGACGUACGAGGUGCGAUGCUGCACGUGCGCGGAUAGCUAGCCAAAUACUUUAUGAUGUGGCUGGAAUUUUAAGUACUUAAUAUGCAUGAUUGGCUCUAAGCGACCGACGGUGAUCAAUUCUUUC